CUUUUCACAUGUUUCAGUACGUUGUGGAAGUAAAAUGCCCCGAAGGAACAGCUUUAGUGUGCUGCUCAUAUUUCUGCUGAUAUUUGGUAUAUUUUGGAAACACAGUGACUCGCAGGUGAACAGAGAGGAAGCCAACAACCCUCCAGAUGGACACGGAGGAGGCGACGGUGCGUUCUUCGCCCUGCGGAGCUGCCACCAGCUGCUGCACGCCGACACCGGGGAGUUCUUCUCCCCGGACUACCUUUGCUCCAACCCGCCUCUGUGGUGCAACUGGACCAUCCAGGUGGAUCCCAGAAAUAGGGUCCAACUCCACCUGGAGGACCUGACCCCCGAUGACGCCUGCCACCUCAAACAGGACCAGAUCCACGUGGACGAGCCCGUCGGACACUUUAGGGGUCACAAGGUCCUGGAAAAGUGCUGGCGGGAGGCGAAGUACACCUCCUCCUCCAACACUCUGUAUGUGGUGCUGCUGAUCGGCGGCAGGCCCAGCUCGACCUACAGGGGCUUCUAUGGCCGAUACCAGGCGUUCGGACCACCGGUGGUUUACAACCCACAGGAAGGAUUCACAGAGAGAAACAGGAACUCAGAACCAUCUCUUGGACUUGUGGACUUGAAUGAAUUUGUGAUGAAUGGUGAACAGUUGGAGUCAGAUUUACAGCGACAUCUGUCACCAGCAAAUUCUGAUCUCAUGUAUGAUUAUUAUGAUCAACCUUCAGCCAUGACGGUGGAUUUGCCCAAAGAGGACACAGACACUGAGGUGGGUGAAAACCACCGUCCGGCCACGGAGAACCGCAGCCACGUCUACCUGUUCACAGCCACAGUGCCAGCAUCCACACAGGGGACCUCUCGAUCGGGAAGAGGUGCCACUCAAACCCCUCCAGACCCGACCGACCCAUCAGUCCACCCUGCGUCUCCACAGCAGCUGCAUCACAUCAUUGAUGAGAUCAAACCCAAUGCUCGCUCCCCGACAGCAAUACGAAGGGACGUGGAGGAAGUGUGGAGCAGUGUGUCCGAGGAGGAGAAGUCUGCUGAUGGCGGGAACCGGACGGAGGUCAGCGAGGCCUCAGACCGGCUUCCUUCGCACUCUGAAGGCCCAGAACCAAAGGAGACUGAGCAGACUCAUCCUCAACCCAACAUGGUGGAGCCGCUGUCAGACCACAAAGUGAACAUGAACAUUAGGAAUCACUCUGAAAUUCCACACCUUCCUGGCGGUCACCUGUUUGAAGUGGCCGUUGAAGUGAACUUCAGUCUUGAUUUGGAGGAGCUGUGGGACAACCUGGCCAAGUCGCUGCUGCUGUCAGUAAAACAUUCGAUCAGUGAAAAGCUGGAAGCUCUACACACGCCGCUGUCUGUCUCUUCUAAAAGAAUAAAGAGAUUGAGCGCAGGAGUGCUGUACAUCCUCUGGCUGCAGAUCGGACAGGGGCCUGGAGGUCUGCAGGUCCACGAGGUCGUCCACUCUGUCCUGCAGGGCUUCAUCGGCACUGAUGUCGCCGUCAGAGGAAAGCACGGGAAGGCUGUUAUCAUGUCCCUGUCAACGGCAGAUGUAAACGAGUGUGGGACGCAGAUGGUGCUGUGUGACGUUAACGCGGAAUGUGUGAACCACUUUGGUUCGUAUUCGUGCCGCUGCAGGCCGGACUUCCAGGACGCGUCCCGCCUGGGAUCAGGAGGAACCGUCUGUGUGGAUAUAAAGGCUGCAGGUUGCAGCUCAGGCCUGUCCGCUGAGACUAAAGGCGUCUACGUGCUUUUCUUCCUGCUCAGCUCCCUCAUCCUGAUGCUGCUGGCGGUGGCCGGCAUGCUGUACCACCGCCACCACCGGGGGGCGUUCCUGGUUCAAUGCCACAGUGGCAGUAGCAUCUCUCCCGCUGACCCCAACAACAACCACCACCGCCACCAUCAUGAUGACUCUGACCUGCCCCCUCCACCCCCGCCUGCCCGGGGCUUCAGGGAGAGCUGGCCCCAGGUGAAGGAGCGCUGCCCGUCCGUGGACCUGCCGCUGCUGCGCUUCAGCCCGCUGCUGCCGCCGGACGGCUACAUGGAGCCAAAAGAGGACGGGAAGAUGUGACGAGAUGGUGGACGCAGUUUCUGAACUCUAUUCAUUAAAAUUUGUUUUCAUUCAGUUUACUUUCUGUUUUG